UCUAACUACUCCAUGUAUUUCUUUUACAAUUGCAAUAGAAUGUCUUCUGCAAGAUCUGCAACACUCCCUGAGCUGCUCUGAUGAAGAGCUUAAUGAAGCAUCAGCAGACCAGAGAGCUCCUCUGGCUUCUCUGGAUUGGAACAUUCGCAAUGCUCUCUUUUCUGAGAGAUGGAGGGAAAAGAGACCAUCUCUUCUUAAUAGCAUGUUGGCCAAGGAGAGCGUGGCAACAAAUGGCUGCAGCCAAUGUGGGAACAACUGCGCGGCUAUUAGAUGCAGAGAUUGCCUUCCAUGUCACUUUCUAUGUGCUGAAUGUGACAUCAGCAGACACAGCAAUGCCUCAGUCCUCCAUAACAGGGAUGCCAUGUUUGCUGGCUUCUUCGAGCCAUUGCCUCCAACCACCUGUGUUGUUGAAAAGGCACUUACAAACUGCGUGCGAUUUUUGCCUAUUGAGAUGCCUGUCAGCAUCUGUGGGUGUCCCCCAGAAGCACUCAGGGUGAUCAAAGGGAAGGCAGUUGCUUUGGUCACAAUAAAUGGACGGUAUGAUCUCAACAUGCCUGAGCUGACCUGCGAGGGAUGCCAGGCAACUUGGACAGCAGGACUUGAUGACCUGAUAAAUAGUGGAUACUGGCCUGCCACCCUUCAUUUUGUGACAAUUUAUGAGACAGACCUGUUUUAUACAUUUGAAGACAUGAAGAUGGCAUCACCCGGGAUGUCUUUUCAGGCAUAUCUAAGAAUGCUUGAGAAGCGGACUGCUCGCUUUGGCCGUAUCUCAUCAGACAGCUUCCAAAAAAGCUUUUUUGAAUGGGCUUCUGUACAAUCUGAGGUUGACUCCACCUGCAAGGAGGAGAAAUUCAUCUGUCCUGCCUGUACCCCAGCAAUGCUUGCUGUCUCGGUGGAUGGAAACCGCAAGCAUUACCGCUUCAAAAGUACAGCUAGAUCUCAGGAGCGGGCCAUCUUUGACGGUGUCUUCAUUGCAAAAGAUGAAGAUGUGACCAGAUUUGUGGAUCACAUCCACAGCAAAAAUAAACAUGUCGCUGGAAGGAGCAAUUGUGGUGGGGAGUGGUCAGCUGCCAGAGAGACCUCCCAAAGAUCAAGCAGUAAGGUGGAUGAGACGGGACUGGAGCUGGCAGUGUGCAGGCAUGGUGUCUUGCUGGCUGCCCUUAAUAUGUUUAGGGGUGAAAUAUUUGCAUACCCUAUGUUUUUGCAGCAGCUGCUGGCAUCCAAACAUGACGUCACCUUUUUUUGUAUGGAUGUUGUGUGCAAAUAUUGGCCAUACCUGCAAAGAAUAAGCACCAACUGUCCCGAGCUCCAGCCCCUUCAGAAUAUGAGGCCCUUCCUGUCGGUUGUACAUGCUAAAGCGCAUGACUUCAAAUGUGAGGUGAAAUGGAGUGGCACAAACCAAGAAGGUGCUGGUAAAACACUAGGGGAGGAAGUAGAGCAAUGUAAUGCUUUCCUCUCCAGGAUAGCAGUCACCACAAAGCAUAUGUCAAAAGCAGGACGCAAUGACAUGCUGACACUCCUGGCCAUAAGAUGUAACCAGCAGAAAUGUCAAAACCUGGCUACUGGACUUUCCCAGAGAUACCAUAAGACAUCUAAAGCUCUCAAUAUCCAGAUGGGGGACCUGGAAACCCUGAAAGCCCAGCAUCAACUGGAUGAACAAACUGUGGAAGAAUUUGUGCAAGAAGUAAAAGAAUGGGCAGAUGGAGAAACUGACCAUCAAGGCACACCACAAGCUUUGUGUAAGAAGAUUGAGGACCUCACAAGCAGCAUCAAGACGAGAGCUCAACUCCUAUAUCGGAAAAAUGACAGCAACAAAGGUCGACAUAGAAUUCGCAGAAAAAUAAAGCAACAGAAGACCACUUUGAAGGCCAUGGUGGCAGAAUACAACAGUCUCGUUCCACACGAGCAAGCAGUGUGCAUGGAUAGCAUUCUGGACACAGAACAUCCCUGGCCUUGGCAAAUUACACAGAGUGGCUCUGCUGAUUUUAGCACAAAGAAAGAAGUCUUCGAUAGGGUCAUGGGUGUUCGAAGGCUUCAAGAGGAGAAGAAGAUCCUUGUGAAAGAGAUGAAGCAGCACUGGGAGUCUCUCAAAGCCCAUGCCAGGGUCUUGUCUGAGUUGUCUCAGCAUCAGAGCGAAGACACCAUACAAAGACAUCUCACAGAGAAAGCCACAAAGGGUCACACCUGCCUCAUCCUCAGAAAGCAGUGGGAAAUGAGAGAGCUGCAGCGGCACAUAAGAAAACACUACCUGCAUGUGCUGUCAUCAGCAGAUGACAUAAUGGACACAAUCGACAGUUCAGAUGAGUUCGACAUAAGCUCUGAAGAUUCAGAGUCUGAUGCAAUGUAAAACAGGAAGAAGAUGUGGUGCUCAUGAUCACAGUGCACCGUGUGCGACACAUGGUCACACACAGCAUGUGGCUUUUAAAAAGUAACCAAUUUAUGUGGUCAUUGUCAGGAUUAAGUUGGAGAUGACAGUUGUAGUUUUUUGUAUUUGGUUGUGAAUGCUUUCAUCACUUAUAUAAGGUUUGAUUUUUCUACUGGGUUGUGGAGUCCUGGUUAAUGUUGUAUUACAUCUUUACAACACAAACCACUGUCCUUUACGGUCUUAUCUUUGAUUCAUGUUCAG